GAGGGCCAAGAAGCUGGUGUUGGUGAUGCUUUUCUUAUCCUGGAACAACUUCCUUUCUGGGAAACUGGGUGUCUCCUUCUGGGCAAAGACAAUAAAAUUCAUCCAAGGGGCCAAAGAGCAGGGCUUCUUCUGUCGCCAAACGGAUGGGCAUCACGUGGCUCCAGGGUUAGCGGUCCUGGAAAAUCCCAGCCCUUGCCACUCUGCCUCCCACACCCAUCUACUCACUCACCCUCACACACUCAGCCUCCCCGACCCACCUUGAACAUUCACCAUCGCACACUGUUCACCCUCAGCUUCUGCCGCCACUACCUGGGCAAUAUUACCAGCCUUUUCCUAAUCCCAGAGCUGCAAUCUUGCUUUGUCACCCGUCCCAGACCCACCAUGUCCCUGAGGCCACUGAAAUUCCAGGCAGUGGGUGAAGAAAACGAGGAGGAAGAGAGCCUGGAUUCUGUGAAGGCGCUGACGGCGAAGCUGCAGCUGCAAACACGGCGGCCCUCGUAUCUGUAGUGGACCGCCCAGGUCCAGAGCCAGACCUGGCGCCAGGCCCGCGCUGGGCCUGGGCCGGGGGAACCUGGGGCCAUCUGCGGCUUUGACUCCAUGGACUCUGCCCUUGAGUGGCUGCGCCGGGAGCUGCGGGAGAUGCAGGCUCAGGACCGGCAGCUGGCGGGGCAGCUGCUUCGCCUGCGGGCCCAGUUGCACCGGCUGAAGGUGGACCAAGCCUGUCAUCUGCACCAAGAGCUGCUGGACGAGGCUGAGCUGGAGCUGGAGCUGGAGCCCGGGGCCGGCCUGGCCCUGGCCCCGCCGCUGCGGCACCUCGGCCUCACACGCAUGAACAUCAGCGCCCGGCGCUUCACGCUCUGCUGAGGGGAACCUGCGUGCCUACUGACCACCCGCUACCCUUUCCCCCCACCCACCUGGAAGCGAGGUGUGCCCCAGAGGCCCCAGCACCUGGCAGGAGAGGGGGUUGGUGGGUACACUCAGAUCAGAUCUGGGAGCAUAAAGCCUAGCAUCCUGUUCCUGCUGCUGCCCCAGCUGUGU